AGAGAGAGAGAGAGAGAGAGCAGCUGCAAUGCAAAACUGAGCACGCAUACGUGGGAAUAUCGCAGUAAUGACAAGAUACAACUAUUGCCAUUCUAUGUUUCCUCUGGGAUUUAACUGACUUAAAUGGUUUUAUUGUAGGUUGAAGCUCUGGUAACUUCUGUAUUUGAGAAGAGGAGAUACAUUUCUACUUCAUUCGUGGCUUUUAAACGGAAUGAAUGACCAAGACAAAGGUUGACACCGGUUCCCCGACGCAUUUUGUGUCGAAGGAAAAGAGGCAAAAGCAGAAAAUGGAAAGCAGCACGGGCGCGCAAGCGUCUUCAACCCCCACCGAGCAGCAGCCGCCCGGGCAGCCGGUGCAAACGCACGAGAUAAAGAAAAUACACCGGGCACCUUCACCCGCAAGACCUAAAGAUGUGCCGGGAUGGUCCCUCACUAAAAUCCGCGGAGGUAUCGGCACACCGACGCUGAGCGUCAAACCGGGCGCGAUAUAUUUAGGCGGCCGCGUGUCCAGGCGCAGCCCGAUAACCGGGAAAGAAACGAAAGGGGAGAAGAGCAAACCCGCGCUAACCCUGACCGGUGCACAGAAAAGCAGCAUGAAGUCUAAUAAAAGCGGUCGGAGGAAAGUCUCAGACGCCAGUAUCGGAUCAGACGAUCUGAGCAAAGACUCCGGCUGUGCUACUGGAAAACUCUCACCCACCGACAGCAGCUCGGAGCUUUCCGACUGUGCCUCGGAGGACAAUAAAGUAUCCACGGACGCGCUCAGCAGUGACACCGAGACCAGCAGCCGUGGCGGGAUAGAUGGAGACAAAGCCGGAGCUGAACAUGGACUGUCGGAUAAGAGUGGCCAAGCCAAGACCGGUGUGGAUAAGGACAGGCUCUCCCUUGGAGUCGAAACCGGAGAAGGGAGCAUCUCUCCCGGCGACGAGCGCUCUCUCACCUCGUUGGACAGCAGGAUGCUUGCCAGCACAUCUUUAGCGUUUUCAGACCUGACUGAAGAGAUGAUGGAUGGGGUGCAAGAGGAACUAGUCAGGGAAAUUGAAGAACUAAGAUCGGAGAAUGAUUAUUUAAAGGAUGAAAUGGAGGAGCUCCGCUCCGAGAUGCUGGAGAUGAGGGAUAUGUAUAUGGAGGAAGAUGUUUAUCAACUCCAGGACCUCAGACAACAGCUGGAUCAAGCAAACAAGAACUGUCGAAUCCUGCAGUACCGUCUCAAAAAGGCAGAGAGACGCAGCAUCCGUGUGGCUCAGACCGGACAAGUGGACGGGGAGCUCAUUCGCACGCUGGAGCAAGACGUCAAGGUGGCAAAGGACGUGUCCAUCCGCCUGCACAAUGAGCUGGACACUGUGGAGAAAAAGAGAUCUCGUCUGGAGCAGGAGAACGAGGAGCUGAGGGUAAAACUACAGGACCUGGAGGUGGCCAAGCAGGUCCUGCAGGCAGAGAUGGAGAAGACCAGAGAGAACUUGAAGAAAAGGGGAACCAGGCCAAACAACAAACCUGAUAAAAAAGCAUCGCCUCAGCCUCCUGAGGACAGUUCAGACCUUAAAUGUCAACUUCACUUCGCCAAGGAGGAGUCAGCCCUCAUGUGCAAGAAGCUCACCAAGAUGGUGAAAGACAACGAGGCCAUGAAGGAGGAACUGGCAAAGUUUCGUUCUCUCUACGGUGAGGUCGAUGCCUCGCUCACGGUGGAAGAGGUUGCCGACUCCCCUCACACCCGUGAGGCGGAGGUCAAGGUUCACCUGAAAUUGGUAGAAGAAGAGGCAAACCUUCUGAGUCGCCGAAUCGUUGAGCUGGAGGUGGAGAACCGUGGCCUUCGUGCCGAAAUGGACGAAAUGAAGAUCCAGGAAUCACCGGGUGGGGUCGGAGUGGCGGGAGGAGUCGGAGGUCACCUGCUACUUUCCUCAUCAGCUGAAAAUGUGAUGGAGCUACAACGACACUUACAGUUUGUGGAAGAAGAGGCGGAUCUUCUGCGUCGUUCCCUGAUUGAAAUGGAAGAGCAGAACAAGCUCUUGAUGAACGAACUCAAUCACUACAAAUCUGAGCUUCCUGUUGUUACUGAGAUCGAGCCGUCCUCACCCGCAUCCAUCACUUCACCCACAAUCAUUAUUGGUGCAUCUGAAGAUGCAGGAUUGGGCCUUAAUGAAGCCAACCAUAAAGAGUUGCUAACUGCAAGGUUGCAAAUUGCAGAGCUGAAUGGAAAGGUCAAGAAAAUCCAAUACGAGAAUCGCGUGCUUCUCUCCAACCUCCAGCGGUGUGACUUGGCCUCCAACCAGGGCUCUGCACGUCCGGCAAUGGAGACAGAUGCCGAAGCAGGAGACUCGGCCGAGUGCAUCCCAAGCCAGGCACACCGCGAAGGGCCGGUCGGAGAUGAGCAUGUUGAUAUUCAGGAGGAGAAGAUUCAAAAAGUUCACAUUCAUACCUCCCAGUGCCUCAGCGUCAAAGACCUCCUCGCUAUCCGCGAGCAGGCGCAAAUAGUUACCUCAGCCAUUCAGCUUCUGACAUCGCACGACUCUGAUGCUAUCUAUCGCAAGAUUGCAGCCAAUGAGUCUGCAGAACCAGAGAAGAGCCAGGUCCAGGGUUCACCGUUACCCUUGUUGGAGGCCCUUCAUGGUAGACUGCAGUCCCUCCAGGCUCAGCUGCACGCCCUCAGUGAGAAGGUGGACACUCUGGGUCAAUCCUCUGAGAAAGAAAGCGUGGAUGGGAUAUCCCAGAUGCCCUUGCUGUCCGAGUCGGAGGACACAGAUGAUGCUCACGUUGACCACAUCACAGCCUUACAGAAGCCCGACUCUAGAGACCAGCCAGACUGUGAGGGCAAAGUUCACACAUGCAACGCAGAAGAAGAGAAAGACAGCAACAAGGAUGAAGAGCCAGACUUCAAACAGGGAGCCAAAGCUGAUCUGCUAUCAGAGCAGGUUGGUGAGCUUCACGCUUUGUUGUCUGAAGAGAGAGAGAAGGCUCAGGGUGCGCAAGACGCGCUGUCGCAGGAGAGACAGGCACGCCACAGCGACACGCACAAACUCUCUCAGCUACAAGAAGAGCAUCAGAAGGCUCUCCUACGUCGAGACUUCCAGUUGCAGAGUCUGAGCCUUCAAACGCGUCUACAGCAGAAGCUGUGGUGUCAGGAGAGGAACCUGCUGGUGCAGGAAUCUCAGCAGCUCAAGGAGAGCCUCCUCCUCAUCAGCCUCAAACUACGCUGGCUCCUCAAACAGUGGAGGGUGGGCAAAAAACUGGACAUGGAGAGCAAAGAUAUUUUGGAGGUUAAUAGUGUGAAGGAUCUCCGGCUCCUGCUCGAGGAAGAUGGGCUUUCUACACACUAUGGAGACAACAAGAUGUCUGCUGCUGAGGAGCAACCACUUAACCCCACACCCAAAGAGCACAGCCUUGCAGAGAAAAUCUGCCCACUGCAGCCCAGCGGGUUUGGCAGUACUUUGUCUGAUCUGAAGGUGGCGCUACAGGAUCUAAGCGCUGAGCUGCGUGAGGAGCGUCAGAGUUCGCAGGAGUUAACACAGCAGUUUGCCCGUGCCAAAGCAUCAUGGGAAGUUGAACGGAUGGAACUCAAGAGCAUCAUCAUUCAGCUGGAAGGAAAGGUGGGGAAGGUGUCUGUGGCUGGCGGUGAAAAAGAUCCUUCAGACCUCAAAGAAGCACUGAAAAAGGAGCGAGAGGAGCAUCAACACCUGCUGGCGGACUCUUACGCUGCCGUGAUGGACCUCACCAAGCAGCUGCAGAUCAGUGAGAGGAACUGGAGUCGAGAGAGACUGGAGCUUCUGGAGCACUUUAACCAGGAAAGAAGCCAGUGGGAACAACGUUUACGAGAAUCCCAGAGCAAAGGCACACAGCCCCUUCAUGAUAAAACCUCAGAGAAGGAAACAUCAACAGAUGGAGCCAACAACAGCUCAGCCUUACAAAGGACCAAAUCAAUUUCCGCCCUCUCAGAAUGUAAGAAUCUAUUGGACACCAGUCUCUUACUUCUUGGUCACAAGGUACAAGAGGAGAACGUUGUGGAGCACCCUUCUACUGCUCAUGCCUUCCUGUUGGCACGUACUGACUUGAGUGAUCUCAACAAGAAGAAUUGGAAGUACCUGACCGGUGAUUCUGCCAUGUUGGAGAAAGUUGACCAAUUCAAGACGUGGGAUUGCCCAAGCACUAACUCCAACAGCAGCUUCCCAGGACUGGAGCUAAGCAAGGAUUACGUCCAGAGAAGCUACACUGCUCCAGAUAAGACUGGAAUCCGCAUCUAUUAUAGCCCUCCAACGGUGCGGAGAAUGGAAAGAAGGUCGGCCAAGCAAAAGACCCAGCAGAAGUCCCAACAAGGGUUCGGGUCUAGGGACGCAGCCAUGAUUGACCAAUCGGAUCAGGUCCCUGUAUCUGCACCCUUAACGGCAGCUUCAUCAUCAGCUUAUGAGCAGUGGUUGAGUUCACUUUCACAGCAACAUAGAGACCUGCUUGAGGGACGGACGGGAGGUUCUGCUCCAUUCCACGGACUGGAGAUUUUAGGGAACCUUAGCGAUGACAUGAAAGAAAUGACCAACUGUGUGCGACAGGCCAUACGCUCCAGUUCCCUGGAGAGAAAGUGCAGCAAAGAUACUGGAAGCCAGACUGUGGGUGUUUCCAGCACAGGAACGCAAACGGCGCAAUUCGUCAGCAUUGGCCUACAAACAGACGGCCCCAUUCCGACAACUAGAGGCCUUCAGGGGAAAGCGUGGUCUCCUCGCCCGUCCACCUCACUUGUAUCUGCACGUUCCCGACAGAUCUCUUCGUCACUGGACAAAGUCCACAGCCGCAUAGAUAGACCCUGUUGCUCACCAAAAUAUGGCUCACCUAAACUUACCCGCAGGGUAUCCACCUCGUCUUCUAAACUUGAGACCGCCUCCACAUCUUCAAGGGAACGUAGCGUCUGGAAUCUGAAUAACCGUAACGGAUCUCAGAACGGCUCCGCUUGGGCACGUUCCACCACCACCCGUGACAGUCCAGUACUUAGUGGCGUCAAUGAUGGAUUAUCCAGUCUCUUCAGUGUGGUGGAACAUUCGGGAAGUGUUGAGUCCUUAUGGAAAGUAGAUCCGUGUCCAGGGAGACAAGCUGCCGGAAAACCCUCCUGUCCUAGCAUGGGAAUCGGCCUGGGAGAAACAGGAGCUCCGAAGUAUGGCAUGGUGCAGGACUUCAUUCGCAAUGUUUGCAGCAGGACAGGAGCAGUGGACGAACCAAAACCUGAAUGCCUUCCUGGAGCUUUAAUUGCGACUGACAACAUCACAAAGAUCGUCAAUAAGAGGUUUAUGAAAACACAAAGAGACGAGUUGGUAGCCACCGGAAAGGACACGAUGAGUACAAGCUGUAUUGCCUUGGAGGAUUCGGUUUGUGACUGUACGUCACAGAACCUCACGACGUGUAUUGCCCGGCACUCUCGUACCACCACACGUCACAUACAGGGCCAGUGCAAACACCGCCCGCAAGAGACGUCUACGGCAAACGAAGAACGACCGGAUACCAGUAAUGAGUGAUGGACCUCACGAACCAUCAUAAAAACUCAUGUACACGCACUGCCACAUACCACCCAGACAUGCAUAUUACUUCGCACCUUCAGAAGAUUUCAGGAUAACACAAAUAGGACACUUUUCCUAGUUUAUCCAGAACCAGACCUCAAUCUAACCAGCACACUUUAAUGCCAAGGAAGGGGGGACUUGACCUCCCCUUUAGGUCCACCAACUCAACCAUAUUUUCCGUUAAUUCUUGAGUAAACCAGCCAGUCCUGCCUUUUGAAAUUCACCGUUCUACCAUUCCACAGUCAACCAGCCAGACCUCUCAAAAUCUGCCAUUACUCUGUUCUUCAUUCAGCCAAAGGACAUGGGAAGACUUGACUAACAACCACCCCAAAUGUCAGCAGUGCUUACUAAAAUCAUGUAGAUAUAAAGGGGAAAAUGCAGCAUGCCCUGAACUACACAAGAGCCCCAAAAUGGCCUCCAUUCAACAGAAAACUGCCCACAGACAGCAUUGCUCUUAAAAUCUGUUAUUUUCCAGCAACCAGGCCUUGAUGCAGUGAAGUUACUCAUAUUGAAUUAUGAAUCUGUGUUUUGAUAAAGACUCAUAUUCGUCUUAUGCUGUUUGAAGAUGUCUAUAGAGAGCAUGCUGGUAGCUGUAGAGUAGAGAGAUACAGUACGGCAGCAGUUGUUUUGGUACAUUGUACUGUAAGUGUGUGAACAUGAACUAUCCUCUUGCCUCAUCCACAUGAGCUUUACAGAUGCUACAACAUUUUGCUUCAUCCAUCUUUUGUUGAACAUCUCCAUCUUCUGCCAUUAUGCUUUUAUAAUCCUAAUGGAUGUUAAUCAGUGUAGAUGUCAUGUUUAAUUUGACAAGAGUAAAAUUGAGGCUUUGAGAAUUGGAAGUACGGUACAGUGCUGAAUAGUCUAUGCUGUUAUGUUCCUAGAUGUCUUUUGUGAGGCAUCAAAAUGCUGAAAAUAUGUUGACGAAUAAACUUUUGGGUUUGAUUUUAAAGGGAUAGUUCACCCAAAAAUGAAAUUUCUGUCAUUUGCUCAAUUUUAUGUUGUUACAAACCCGUAUACAUUUCUUUGUUCUGUUGAACACAAAGGAAGAUAUUUUGAGUAUGGACGUCAAUGAGACUUCUGUUCGCUUUGGUUACAAACAUUCCUCAAAAUAUCUUGAGAGUGAGUAAAUGAUGGUGAGCUAUCCCUUUAAGACUGGAUGAACCCAACCAUUCGGUUAAAUCACAGCAGAAAAUGUUUAUAUUUGACAACAAUCCAGCAUUUUGGGUUGAAACAACCCAUUAUUAGUUUAAUUACAACCCAAUAAUGUAGGUUGGGUUCGUCAUUUUUGGACCCAACUCUCUGGGUGGAAAAUAACCACCAUAUUUUUUUCAAUGUAGCUGCGUCUCAUUGCCUCUUUAAGGAAUUACAUAUGACAUCUAGUCUGAUUUAAAUCCAUAAUCCAAUUUUCUUUAGUUCCAAUACACAUUUUCAAGCUUCAUACAUAGUGACAACAUGUUUAUAAUGCUGAUAUUUAAACAGAGAUGUUUAAGCCAAAACAUUGAAUGGUAAUUGGCCACCGUGAGAUUAGUGAGAUUUAUCAGAUAAUCCUAAAUAUAAUUUAAAAUCUGACCCCUUGCUGUAUACUGUAGCUAUGCACUUAUGUAAUUCAUACGUUUGCCUGACGUGAGUGAAGUAUUUUCUCCAAUCUUCAGUUGAAGUGGUGCUCAGAAAUGAAAGUUCAGUCCUAUCUCAAGUGCUUUUAUGGGCUUUGAUGACAGUAAAUUAGAAGAGACAUUUUUGUAUGCAUCUCUCAAGCCAAAAUAACUUGAUGACUCUUUUAUAAAUAAGACAUUAGUGCAGUGUAAAAAAAACAUGCAAUUAAAAUUUUAUGUAUAAUUAACUUGGAUUUACAAGUCAUUUUAACUUUUUUUAACAUUUCAAUUUUUAUCUUUAGUGAUUUAAAUCAUAAAAUAAAGUUGAAAUAAGUUAAGCUAAUUCAACCUAAUUGCAUACAUUACACACUCUAAAAAUGGCUGGGUUAUUUU